AUGAUAGUGCUCAUCAUCGCCAUACUUCUUAGUUACAAAGAUAUUAACUCAAGUUGCUAUUCAAGUGACUUAAAAACACUUAAUAAAGUCACAGAUUCAUCACCCGACCUUAGAAUAUCAGCCACAUGUGAAAUCAUAUCAAAUAAUUGUUUUAAAAACCUAAAAACACUAAAUUCUUUUUCAUUUGGAGAAAAUCCUAACUUAACAACAAUCGGACAGAAUAGUUUUAAAGAUUGCAUAAAUCUUAAAAUUGUUAAUUUAUCAUCUUGCACAAAACUUACAACAAUUUCUUUUAAUGCAUUUAGUGAUUGCAGUAAUGUUACUGAGGUACUUUUGCCAGAAGGACUUAAAGAAAUACAAAAUUCUGCUUUUUCCAGUAAUUCUAUAAUAAGUAUUACAAUUCCUUCAACUGUUGAAACAAUAGGAUCUAAUGCAUUUUCAAGCUGUUCCAAACUAGAAAGUGUUAUUUUUCAAGAAGGUUCUAACUUAACUUCUUUAGAAAAUUCAGUUUUUUCUGGAACUAACAUUACUUCUUUUGAAAUUCCACAAAAUGUCAACCAAAUCGAUUUAAAAGCAUUUGAUGAAUCAAAAUUAACAAAUAUUACAGUUAAUCUAUCGAAUAAUUAUUUUACAAUAGAAGAUAGUAUUCUUUUUUCAAAAAACAAAAGCAUUUUAUAUUUUUCGUGUAACAAAUCAAUUGAAACAUUCGAAAUUCCAGCAUCUGUCACAAUUUUAACAGAAUAUUGCUUUUCCAGGCUAAGUUCAUUAAAGUCUUUUUCAUUUGGAGAAAACCCUAACUUAACAAUAAUCGGAAAGGAAAGUUUUAAAGAUUGCAUAAAUCUUGAAAUUAUUAAUUUAUCAUCUUGCACAAAACUUACAACAAUAUUUAAUGAUGCAUUUAGUGGUUGCAGCAAAGUUACUGAGAUACUUUUACCGAAGGGACUUAAAGUAAUACAAAAUUAUGCUUUUCGAAUUAAUUCAUUAGUAACAACUGUUCGAAUUCCUUCAUCUGUUGAAAAAUUAAAUGAUGGCGCAUUUGAAGACUGUUCUAAUCUAACAAAUAUUAUUUUUGAAGAGGGCUCUAACUUAACUUCUUUAGAAGAUUUUAUUUUUUCUGGAACUGAAAUUACUUCUUUUGAAAUUCCACAAAAUGUCAAAGAAAUCAAAGUAGAUGCAUUUAGUGCUUCCAAAAUAACACAUAUAACAAUCAAAUCAUCAAACCCUUACUUUUCAAUCGAAAAUAAUACUUUAUUUUCAAAAAAUAAAAGCAUUUUAUAUUUUGUUUUAAAUAAAUCUUUAGAAAACUUCGAAAUUCCAGAUUCUGUCACAACUUUAGGAGAAAAAUGCUUUAAUGGAUUAAAAUUCUUUUCAAUAACAAUUCCAAGUAAUGUCAAAAGAAUUGAAAAUUAUGCUUUUAAUAAUUGCAAUAAUUUAAUAAAUGUCACAUUUUUAGGUUCUUUAGAAUUCAUUGGUAAUGAUAUAUUUUAUAAUUGCAAAAAUCUUGAACUCAUUACUUUCCCUAAUUCAUCAAUGAUUGUUAAUGGAAAUUUAUUCAUUUCAUCUAACAAUAAAAAAGCAGCAAUGUCUUUCACUCACAAAACUUUAUUUUCUUCUGAUGCAAUUCAAAGAAUAAUUAAAGUAAGUGUUUCUUAUCUGAAUGAACAUGAUCUUAUUAUUACAACAAAUGCCUUGAUUAUGAAAUCAAAUCAAACAAUUAUCUAUGAAUAUUGGGGAUACAACAUUAGUGAUAUUACAAUUCCUAACACAGUAAAAAAUAUCAAAUCAAACUCAUUCGAAAACUCAACAAUUUCUUCAAUAAAUUUUGAUCAAAAUUCGCAACCUUCUGUUAUUGAAGAUUAUGCAUUUAGAAACUGUACAAACUUAAAAGCAAUUGAAUUUUCAUCAUCUAAUUCAAUUACUUUAGGAAAAUCAACAUUUGAGAAUUGCAUUAAUUUAGAAAAAGCGAUUAAUAUUUUGAACAUUUCAGAUCAUUGUUUUUCUGAAUGCACUAAUCUGAGACAAGUUACAAUUCGAGAAGAUGCAAAAUACAUUGGAUUUAAAUCAUUUGAGAAUUGUAUUUCAUUAAAGAGUAUUAGUAUUCCAUCAACUGUUGAAACUAUUUCAGAAUAUUCAUUUCUUAACUGUAACAAUCUUGAAUCAAUCACAUUCUCAGAACAAAACAAUUUAACUACUUUUGAAAUCAACUCAAUUUCAGAAUGCAAAUCACUUCAAAACAUCAGUAAUUUCAAAUCAAAUAAAUAUAAAUGCAUUGAUAAUACUCUUUACUCUAUAAAUGAUACAAAGCUUGAUCUUAUUUAUCAUUUAAGUCAAUCAAAAGAUAGUGUAUUAGUUAUCAACUGUAGUGUUAUUCGCAAAUAUUCAUUCAAUAACAGCAAUACCAUUGUCAACAUCAGUAUUUUAUCAAACACUGUUUCAUUAAUUGAAUCAUAUUCAUUUAACAACUGUUUGAAUCUUAAAUACAUUAACUUCCCUCUUUGUGUUGAAACAAUUGGACGAAAUGCAUUCAAUGAAUGCAUAUCCAUUCUAUGUCCGCAACAUAUUGAGAACAAAACAACAAUAUAUUUUCAAAUGAUUAUUGAUUCAGGAAUUAAAGUGUGUCUCCGAUCUCAAAACUUUGAUGAACAAAUUAUUUUCUCUAAACGAUUCAUCCGUCGCUAA